AUGGCGGCAGACGUGGUCUGCAGGAUUUUGAACUGUGGGACAUCUGAGUCGGUAACAACAGAUGCCUCCUACGGAGAGGGCACUGGGAAGAUCUGGCUGGAUGGGGUGAAGUGUAACGGGACAGAGCCUGCUCUCGACCAGUGCCCUGCCAGCCCAUGGGGGGUGAAUAACUGUUCCCACGCAGAGGACGCUGGAGUCUCCUGCACAGGCCCGGUCCCCGUCCGGCUGGUGAACGGGAACGUGUGCUCUGGGAGAGUCGAGGUCUAUCAUAACUCUACCUGGGGCACCGUCUGUGGCAGUAGCUGGAAUAGGAGUGAAGCGGACGUGGUCUGCAGGAUUUUGAACUGUGGGACAUCUGAGUCGGUAACAACAGAUGCCUCCUACGGAGAGGGCACUGGGAAGAUCUGGCUGGAUGGGGUGAAGUGUAAGGGGACAGAGCCUGCUCUCGACCAGUGCCCUGCCAGCCCAUGGGGGGUGAAUAACUGCUCCCACGCAGAGGACGCUGGAGUCUCCUGCACAGGCCCAGUCCCCGUCCGGCUGGUGAACGGGAACAACAUGUGCUCUGGGAGAGUCGAGGUCUAUCAUAACUCUACCUGGGGCACCGUCUGUGGCAGGAGCUGGAAUAGGAGUGAAGCGGACGUGGUCUGCAGGAUUUUGAACUGUGGGACAUCUGAGUCGGUAACAACAGAUGCCUCCUACGGAGAGGGCACUGGGAAGAUCUGGCUGGAUGGGGUGAAGUGUAAGGGGACAGAGCCUGCUCUCGACCAGUGCCCUGCCAGCCCAUGGGGGGUGAAUAACUGCUCCCACGCAGAGGACGCUGGAGUCUCCUGCACAGGCCCGGUCCCCAUCCGGCUGGUGAACGGGAACAACAUUUGCUCUGGGAGAGUCGAGGUCUAUCAUAACUCUACCUGGGGCACCGUCUGUGACAGGAGCUGGAAUAAGAUGGCGGCAGACGUGGUCUGCAGGAUUUUGAACUGUGGGACAUCUGAGUCGGUAACAACAGAUGCCUCCUACGGAGAGGGCACUGGGAAGAUCUGGCUGGAUGGGGUGAAGUGUAAGGGGACAGAGCCUGCUCUCGACCAGUGCCCUGCCAGCCCAUGGGGGGUGAAUAACUGCUCCCACGCAGAGGACGCUGGAGUCUCCUGCACAGGCCCGGUCCCCGUCCGGCUGGUGAACGGGAACAACAUCUGCUCUGGGAGAGUCGAGGUCUAUCAUAACUCUACCUGGGGCACCGUCUGUGGCAGGAACUGGAAUAGGAGUGAAGCGGAUGUGGUCUGCAGGAUUUUGAACUGUGGGACAUCUGAGUCGGUAACAACAGAUGCCUCCUACGGAGAGGGCACUGGGAAGAUCUGGCUGGAUGGGGUGAAGUGUAACGGGACAGAGCCUGCUCUCGACCAGUGCCCUGCCAGCCCAUGGGGGGUGAAUAACUGUUCCCACGCAGAGGACGCUGGAGUCUCCUGCACAGGCCCAGUCCCCGUCCGGCUGGUGAACGGGAACAACAUGUGCUCUGGGAGAGUCGAGGUCUAUCAUAACUCUACCUGGGGCACCGUCUGUGGAAGGAGCUGGAAUAGGAGUGAAGCGGACGUGGUCUGCAGGAUUUUGAACUGUGGGACAUCUGAGUCGGUAACAACAGAUGCCUCCUACGGAGAGGGCACUGGGAAGAUCUGGCUGGAUGGGGUGAAGUGUAAGGGGACAGAGCCUGCUCUCGACCAGUGCCCUGCCAGCCCAUGGGGGGUGAAUAACUGCUCCCACGCAGAGGACGCUGGAGUCUCCUGCACAGGCCCGGUCCCCAUCCGGCUGGUGAACGGGAACAACAUUUGCUCUGGGAGAGUCGAGGUCUAUCAUAACUCUACCUGGGGCACCGUCUGUGGCAGGAGCUGGAAUAGGAGUGAAGCGGACGUGGUCUGCAGGAUUUUGAACUGUGGGACAUCUGAGUCGGUAACAACAGAUGCCUCCUACGGAGAGGGCACUGGGAAGAUCUGGCUGGAUGGGGUGAAGUGUAACGGGACAGAGCCUGCUCUCGACCAGUGCCCUGCCAGCCCAUGGGGGGUGAAUAACUGCUCCCACGCAGAGGACGCUGGAGUCUCCUGCACAGGCCCGGUCCCCGUCCGGCUGGUGAACGGGAACAACAUGUGCUCUGGGAGAGUUGAGAUCUAUCAUAACUCUACCUGGGGCACCGUCUGUGGAAGGAGCUGGAAUAGGAGUGAAGCGGACGUGGUCUGCAGGAUGUUGAACUGUGGGACAUCUGAGUCGGUAACAACAGAUGCCUCCUACGGAGAGGGCACUGGGAAGAUCUGGCUGGAUGGGGUGAAGUGUAAGGGGACAGAGCCUGCUCUCGACCAGUGCCCGGCCAGCCCAUGGGGGGUGAAUAACUGCUCCCACGCAGAGGAUGCUGGAGUCUCCUGCACAGGCCCGGUCCCCAUCCGGCUGGUGAACGGGAACAACAUUUGCUCUGGGAGAGUCGAGGUCUAUCAUAACUCUACCUGGGGCACCGUCUGUGACAGGAGCUGGAAUAGGAGUGAAGCGGACGUGGUCUGCAGGAUUUUGAACUGUGGGACAUCUGAGUCGGUAACAACAGAUGCCUCCUACGGAGAGGGCACUGGGAAGAUCUGGCUGGAUGGGGUGAAGUGUAACGGGACAGAGCCUGCUCUCGACCAGUGCCCUGCCAGCCCAUGGGGGGUGAAUAACUGCUCCCACGCAGAGGACGCUGGAGUCUCCUGCACAGGCCCGGUCCCCGUCCGGCUGGUGAACGGGAACAACAUGUGCUCUGGGAGAGUCGAGGUCUAUCAUAACUCUACCUGGGGCACCGUCUGUGGCAGGAGCUGGAAUAGGAGUGAAGCGGACGUGGUCUGCAGGAUUUUGAACUGUGGGACAUCUGAGUCGGUAACAACAGAUGCCUCCUACGGAGAGGGCACUGGGAAGAUCUGGCUGGAUGGGGUGAAGUGUAAAGGAACAGAGCCUGCUCUCGACCAGUGCCCGGCCAGCCCAUGGGGGGUGAAUAACUGCUCCCACGCACAGGACGCUGGAGUCUCCUGCACAGGCCCGGUCCCCAUCCGGCUGGUGAACGGGAACAACAUUUGCUCUGGGAGAGUCGAGGUCUAUCAUAACUCUACCUGGGGCACCGUCUGUGGCAGGAGCUGGAAUAGGAGUGAAGCGGACGUGGUCUGCAGGAUUUUGAACUGUGGGACAUCUGAGUCGGUAACAACAGAUGCCUCCUACGGAGAGGGCACUGGGAAGAUCUGGCUGGAUGGGGUGAAGUGUAAUGGGACAGAGCCUGCUCUCGACCAGUGCCCUGCCAGCCCAUGGGGGGUGAAUAACUGCUCCCACGCAGAGGACGCUGGAGUCUCCUGCACAGGCCCGGUCCCCGUCCAGCUGGUGAACGGGAACAACAUGUGCUCUGGGAGAGUCGAGGUCUAUCAUAACUCUACCUGGGGCACCGUCUGUGGAAGGAGCUGGAAUAGGAGUGAAGCGGACGUGGUCUGCAGGAUGUUGAACUGUGGGACAUCUGAGUCGGUAACAACAGAUGCCUCCUACGGAGAGGGCACUGGGAAGAUCUGGCUGGAUGGGGUGAAGUGUAAGGGGACAGAGCCUGCUCUCGACCAGUGCCCGGCCAACCCAUGGGGGGUGAAUAACUGCUCCCACGCAGAGGACGCUGGAGUCUCCUGCACAGGCCCGGUCCCCAUCCGGCUGGUGAACGGGAACAACAUUUGCUCUGGGAGAGUCGAGGUCUAUCAUAACUCUACCUGGGGCACCGUCUGUGGCAGGAGCUGGAAUAGGAGUGAAGCGGACGUGGUCUGCAGGAUUUUGAACUGUGGGACAUCUGAGUCGGUAACAACAGAUGCCUCCUACGGAGAGGGCACUGGGAAGAUCUGGCUGGAUGGGGUGAAGUGUAAGGGGACAGAGCCUGCUCUCGACCAGUGCCCUGCCAGCCCAUGGGGGGUGAAUAACUGCUCCCACGCAGAGGACGCUGGAGUCUCCUGCACAGGCCCGGUCCCCGUCCGGCUGGUGAACGGGAACAACAUGUGCUCUGGGAGAGUCGAGGUCUAUCAUAACUCUACCUGGGGCACCGUCUGUGGAAGGAGCUGGAAUAGGAGUGAAGCGGACGUGGUCUGCAGGAUGUUGAACUGUGGGACAUCUGAGUCGGUAACAACAGAUGCCUCCUACGGAGAGGGCACUGGGAAGAUCUGGCUGGAUGGGGUGAAGUGUAAGGGGACAGAGCCUGCUCUCGACCAGUGCCCGGCCAACCCAUGGGGGGUGAAUAACUGCUCCCACGCAGAGGACGCUGGAGUCUCCUGCACAGGCCCGGUCCCCAUCCGGCUGGUGAACGGGAACAACAUUUGCUCUGGGAGAGUCGAGGUCUAUCAUAACUCUACCUGGGGCACCGUCUGUGGCAGGAGCUGGAAUAGGAGUGAAGCGGACGUGGUCUGCAGGAUUUUGAACUGUGGGACAUCUGAGUCGGUAACAACAGAUGCCUCCUACGGAGAGGGCACUGGGAAGAUCUGGCUGGAUGGGGUGAAGUGUAACGGGACAGAGCCUGCUCUCGACCAGUGCCCUGCCAGCCCAUGGGGGGUGAAUAACUGCUCCCACGCAGAGGACGCUGGAGUCUCCUGCACAGGCCCGGUCCCCGUCCGGCUGGUGAACGGGAACAACAUGUGCUCUGGGAGAGUCGAGGUCUAUCAUAACUCUACCUGGGGCACCGUCUGUGGAAGGAGCUGGAAUAGGAGUGAAGCGGACGUGGUCUGCAGGAUGUUGAACUGUGGGACAUCUGAGUCGGUAACAACAGAUGCCUCCUACGGAGAGGGCACUGGGAAGAUCUGGCUGGAUGGGGUGAAGUGUAAGGGGACAGAGCCUGCUCUCGACCAGUGCCCGGCCAACCCAUGGGGGGUGAAUAACUGCUCCCACGCAGAGGACGCUGGAGUCUCCUGCACAGGCCCAGUCCCCAUCCGGCUGGUGAACGGGAACAACAUUUGCUCUGGGAGAGUCGAGGUCUAUCAUAACUCUACCUGGGGCACCGUCUGUGGCAGGAGCUGGAAUAGGAGUGAAGCGGACGUGGUCUGCAGGAUUUUGAACUGUGGGACAUCUGAGUCGGUAACAACAGAUGCCUCCUACGGAGAGGGCACUGGGAAGAUCUGGCUGGAUGGGGUGAAGUGUAACGGGACAGAGCCUGCUCUCGACCAGUGCCCUGCCAGCCCAUGGGGGGUGAAUAACUGCUCCCACGCAGAGGACGCUGGAGUCUCCUGCACAGGCCCGGUCCCCGUCCGGCUGGUGAACGGGAACAGCAUGUGCUCUGGGAGAGUCGAGGUCUAUCAUAACUCUACCUGGGGCACCGUCUGUGGAAGGAGCUGGAAUAGGAGUGAAGCGGACGUGGUCUGCAGGAUGUUGAACUGUGGGACAUCUGAGUCGGUAACAACAGAUGCCUCCUACGGAGAGGGCACUGGGAAGAUCUGGCUGGAUGGGGUGAAGUGUAAGGGGACAGAGCCUGCUCUCAACCAGUGCCCUGCCAGCCCAUGGGGGGUGAAUAACUGCUCCCACACAGAGGACGCUGGAGUCUCCUGCACAGGCCCGGUCCCCAUCCGGCUGGUGAACGGGAACAACAUUUGCUCUGGGAGAGUCGAGGUCUAUCAUAACUCUACCUGGGGCACCGUCUGUGACAGGAGCUGGAAUAGGAGUGAAGCGGACGUGGUCUGCAGGAUUUUGAACUGUGGGACAUCUGAGUCGGUAACAACAGAUGCCUCCUACGGAGAGGGGACUGGGAAGAUCUGGCUGGAUGGGGUGAAGUGUAACGGGACAGAGCCUGCUCUCGACCAGUGCCCUGCCAGCCCAUGGGGGGUGAAUAACUGCUCCCACGCAGAGGACGCUGGAGUCUCCUGCACAGGCCCGGUCCCCGUCCGGCUGGUGAACGGGAACAACAUGUGCUCUGGGAGAGUCGAGGUCUAUCAUAACUCUACCUGGGGCACCGUCUGUGGCAGGAGCUGGAAUAGGAGUGAAGCGGACGUGGUCUGCAGGAUUUUGAACUGUGGGACAUCUGAGUCGGUAACAACAGAUGCCUCCUACGGAGAGGGCACUGGGAAGAUCUGGCUGGAUGGGGUGAAGUGUAAAGGAACAGAGCCUGCUCUCGACCAGUGCCCGGCCAGCCCAUGGGGGGUGAAUAACUGCUCCCACGCACAGGACGCUGGCGUCUCCUGCACAGGCCCGGUCCCCGUCCGGCUGGUGAACGGGAACGUGUGCUCUGGGAGAGUCGAGGUCUAUCAUAACUCUACCUGGGGCACCGUCUGUGGCAGUAGCUGGAAUAAGAGUGAAGCGGACGUGGUCUGCAGGAUUUUGAACUGUGGGACAUCUGAGUCGGUAACAACAGAUGCCUCCUACGGAGAGGGCACUGGGAAGAUCUGGCUGGAUGGGGUGAAGUGUAAGGGGACAGAGCCUGCUCUCGACCAGUGCCCUGCCAGCCCAUGGGGGGUGAAUAACUGCUCCCACGCAGAGGACGCUGGAGUCUCCUGCACAGAGUCGUGCGUUGAAGAACUGGAGUUGAAUCUGGAUGACCUUUGGUGCGUACGGGAGAAUGAGGAGAUGAUGGAUAGAAGCCCCUAA